AGCAUACAAAUAACAUCUGCGACCGUCAUAUAUUAUUAAACACGUCUUUUUACCCCUCUCGCUCUAUGACACACUAAAGCCUUUUCACAUAUAGCGACACUACACACACCUGUUACUCUCAGCCAAAUCUUUUCUACCGCCCUUUCAGUGCAUUUCUCCGAGUUAUUGUUUCACCUCCCUAAAACGUCGCUGAAAAUGAAUGAAAAAGUGACCCUGCGACCUUUGCGACCGGCGGCGAAAGCCUUACACUCUGAACCGAGCUAUAGCAAGCCAAAAGGAAAACGGCAGAGCGUUGCAUGCAGAGCUUGUCGCGCAAAGCGGAGAAAGUGUACUGGUGCACCAAUUUGCCAGUCAUGCGUGAGAUUGAAAUUAGCUUGCGACUUUGAGCCAUACAAAGAUAAACGCAGGAAAUUGGCGCUACAACAUGUAGAGAGUGCCAGGCAACGACUUGAGAUCCUUUUUGAGCUUCUGCUUACAUUCUUAAACAAGGAGGAAGACGAGACGAUUCUUGAAUGGAGAAAAUGCCUGAAAGACACCCCGUCACUUGAAAUGAUGAUCGCAGACCUAGAAAGAAGAAAAGAACCAGGCUUAUGAUACCAUCAUAAGUCAUGGUACUUUGUUAACCGAUAGCCGCUGUUGUUUCAUCUCUUGU